AGUUGAGAGAACAGCGUUCUGUCAGAAAGUUUAGAGAAGCUCGGACCAGGACACGGAUUUGUAUAAGAGGUGGAGACAGGUGGAGAGCUACACCUGAGAUUGCCCAGGUAACUCAGGUAAAGCUCGCGGUCCCAUGCCCACAGGAGCUAGACGAUGACCUCUCCCGAGGGAGCCUCACCUGUGGCUUUCGAACCCGCGGCAACCAACCACGGCAAACCGGAGAAGGAGGACAGCGAGGAGUGCAAGCCGAGAGAGAUGGCGGUCGGGUCGGAGGCGAAGAGCAAGCCGAACCGCCACCCGUUCAGCGUGGAGUCGCUCAUCUCCAAAACUACCAGCAGCAGCACCGCGCCACCACCGCCUCCAGGACCUUUAUCUCCCCCAACACUGGGCCAGUACCCCCACAGGACUUACUUCACAGAGCAGAAAAGCAAAGUUUCGCUCCCUUUCCCCAACGUUUCGGACUGCACGACUAACGACGAGAGCGAGGACUCCAGCGACAAGGAACAGAGCACUUGGUUGAAGAACCCAGCCUUCAACUCCCCGCCGAGGCACCCCAGUCCCCCGCCGUGCCACCUGCGCAAGCACAAGAGCAACCGGAAGCCGCGCACCCCCUUCACCACGGCGCAGCUGCUGUCGCUCGAGCGCAAGUUCCGGCAGAAGCAGUACCUGUCCAUCGCGGAGCGCGCGGAGUUCUCGAGCGCGCUCAACCUCACCGAGACGCAGGUGAAGAUCUGGUUCCAGAACCGGCGCGCUAAGGCCAAGCGGCUGCACGAGGCCGAACUGGAGAAGCUCAAGCUCGCCGCCAAGCCCGUGCUGCCAGCCCUCGCGCUGCCCUUCGCUUUCGGCGCGCACGCGGCGGCGUCUCCGGCCAUGUACGGGAGCCCGGGGCCUGGACCUCGAGCCGCCGUAGCCAUGCCCGGUUUAUUCAGCUCACCAUACGGAAUGUAUUAUCUGUCUUAAUGCGUGAAGACUUGACAAUGUUUGUUUGUUUUUUAAUAAAAGCCCUCGUGCACUUUCUAAGACUGCACGAGAUGGACAAAUUGCAUUGGUGCAGCGGUGCACGCGGCUGAACACUUUAAAGUGGCUAAAGACAAGAAUCCAUUGUUGCGGUACAAUGGCGUGUACCUUGUCGGGUGCAUCCCUGGGCAAGGGGUGGACCAAUUGUUUUGCUGCAUUUUUACCAUUAUGCCUUGAAAUGUACAAAAAAAAAACACACAUAGGUGACUUAAACCCUUUACCCGAACCCCGUUCCCGCCGGCGCGCCUUGUAACGUUUGAGUUAAUGUGCGCGUGGUUAUGUUGCAAAACCAACCCAAGACAGUAAAUAUAUGCAGUACCUCUGACUGAACCCCACGUGCACGUUUUUCAGAUGGUGUUUAGUUGGACCUCAUGGAGAUGCUUCUUUCGCCUUUGAGAUUCAAUAAUUGAUCAAUUACUGCAAUUAUCGUAGCCUUGCACAGCAAGAUCCCCCGGUUUUAGAUGCUACAGAAGAAAAUCGUUUUUUACUGAUUUAAUUUGUUAACUUGUUCAGUCAGGGUCUACAUAUAACCUACACUGUAAGUUAUAUGAGUUAUCAUGCCAUAGAAUACCUUUUUUGCAAAUAAAAUUGAUAACCCCCAUCACACUAACUUUGUGCAUUUAAGUUUAAGCAGGCGCAUAUUAAUUCAGGCAGCAAGGUGUGUAUCCUGCCCUGGCACACCUGAUUGCACUCCAUGACCAGUAUCAACCACCCCUUAAAAAGAAGUUAAAGUUUUAUUUGUAUUUUUAUCUAAAGUGAAGUCAAUACUAGGGGAUUUUGCUGUGUAAAUAACUAAAAGAAUGUCGAAGUGGAAAAUGGAAUGAAUGCAGCCUACUGUGUGUAUGAGUACGAGGGUGUGUAUGUGUGUAUGUUUGUGUGAAUAUUCAUGUUCAUGCUCUUGUGGAGCAGUUCGAGCUGGAUUAAUUCAAUAAUAUUGGGAUGUAUAUAAAAAAACCUCUGGGGUUGUCCGUCAUGUGACGAGGAGUACUUACUGGCCUUAUCUUAAAAAGUGCCUUUGAGAGACCAAAUAUUUAUUAGUCAAUAAAGAUUAUUCUUUUUAACAUUGAA